AUGUCAUCCUGUAGCACUGGCGUGACUUUAGGGCUCGGGUCCCAGCCCAGCAGCAGCACAGCUCUGCCAGGGCAAAGAAACUCCUUCUCGGCGCUGCAUCUCCUUCCAGUGCAGAGCCGCUCGCUCGCCCUGCUCAGCCAGAGGUGCUUCUCAGAGAGCUUCCGAGGGAGCUUCCACAAGACGAGCAAUCCUUUGGGAAAUAAUCGGUUGGCUGGCAACUACUCCACCCCUGACCAGCAGCUGGUGCAGAGGAUCGUGUCGCAGGUGGAGUUCUACUUUUCUGAUGAAAACCUGGCCAAGGAUACUUUCCUGUUGAAGCAUAUCCAGAAGAACAAGAUGGGCUUUGUCAGCAUCAAACUGCUGACGUCCUUUAAGAAGGUGAAAUACCUGACACGCGACUGGCGGCUCACGCUCUAUGCCCUGCAGUUCUCAGAGCUGCUGGAGGUGAACAAGGAGGGCACCAAAGUGAGGCGGCGGGUCCCCAUCCCUGAGUCCCUGCUGAGCAUCCCCCCCAGCAGGAUGCUGCUGGCCUGGGAGCUGCUGCCUCGGGAGCAGGAGGUGAUGCCACCGCUCCAGAAGAUGUUCCUUGAGACCAUCACAAGGAUGUUCAGCCCUUUUGGUGCCAUCGCCUCCAUCCGUAUCCUGCGGCCAGGCCGCAAGCUGCCCUCGGAUGUGCGGAAAUACACAUCGCGCUUCCCGGAGCUGCUGAACAAGUGCUGCGCGCUGGUGGAAUAUGAGAGCCUGGAGAGCGCUCACAGGGCCUUUGAGGACCUCGGCUGCCAAAGCCACUCAGGCAGCGAGAGCAUCAGGGUGGUCCGGCUCUGCGGGAAGGGUUCCAAGAAGAAACCUGAGGCUGAGAGGGGCAUGGAGGAGCUGCUGGAGCAGCUGGAUUGGAAGGCACAGGCAGCAACCGUGAACCUUCCCGACAGUGUUGGGGACUCCCUGGCCUGCAGCUCCCUGCACGUGGAUGGUGCCUUGGCAUCACCACCUCCGCACCUGGACGAGGAACCCUGGGCAUCCGCCUGGCCUGGCAGCGACGUCAAGCUUGGCAACUUCAACACCUUCCCUGGAUGGCAUGUUGCCAGCGAAGUCCUCCCUCCGCUUGGGGCCAGCUUGGGCACGGGCAGCUGCUUCAGCCUCUGCUCCAGCACCAAGAGCCUCUGCAGCUGCGAGAGAGGGGCAGGGGCCUGGGCACCCUGGCACAGCAGCUCCUCUCCUUCUGCCAAACCUUCUCCUGGCAAUGCCUCGGCAGAUAAGCUGGGCACCGAGUCCCUUGGCCUGCAGGAUGGGGUGUUUCGGCUGCCCCGUGGCCUCGAUGGCACCAAGAGCUUCUGCAGCAGUUUUGGGAGAGGAGAGCUCGUCCUCCGGCACUGA